ACACUUUUAACUCUCUCCUACCUCUCGCUGCUGUAGAGAGAGAGAGAAGAGAGAGAAAGGGAAGAGAGAGGAAGAGAUCAUUGCAAAAAGCUGCUAUCGCCGUUCAGAAAUAUAUAAAUACGCCCAAAACUAAAAACGCACGAAAAAAGAUUAAACUCUUUUUCUCAAUUUGUUUUUUUUGGCAACUUUCUGGUUCUCUCUCUCUGGGCACAGUUCUCGCCAUCUGCCUGCCCUAGAUCCGCCCAUGGCGAGCCAUAAUUUGCUAGCACUGUGAGCUUUCUACUCACGGGCUAGUCAAUUCUUGUUUUCCAGUACAAAUUAGCCGACACUUUUCCGAGUUCUUGUCCAGAUUCUUCGGGGGAGGUGCCUUUAUUGGAGUGAUUUUUUUGUUGCUCUUUAGUUGAUAAAGUUCUAUUAUGGUGGGCUUUGAAAUGCUUCGUUGAGGGAUGCUGUAGCUAAUUUAUCGUGUGUGGGUUGGAAUUUAGCUUUGUUGUCCUCGAUUGCCUUGAAUUUGGGGGUCAAUUAGGCUUCCUGUGUGGGUUGUUAAUUGCGGGAAAUUAAUGGCGGAAGAGGUCCUGAUAGGUGAACUGGAAAAGGACUAUCUUCUUUUGGAUGUGGAUUGUUGAGUGUCUUUGUUAUUUCCGUGUAUAAUGGGUUGUGUUUGCGGUAAGCCAUACGCCAUUGAUGACAGUAAGGGGAGUCCUGGGGAGAGAUUGUCAAACAAAGAAGUGUCUGGUCUCCGGGCCCCGAGGAGAGAGGAUAAUCAUGGCGUCAAGGAUCGGUUAGAUAAUAGUAGCAAUGUCAAUGAGGGAAGAGUAAUUGUAGAUAAUAAGCAAGUCAAUGGAUUAGCCAGAGUACAGGGGGACAAUUUUGAGAGGAAGAGGGAGAAGGCGGAGUAUGCGGUGCACCAUCCUAGGGGAGCCAUGGUUCCGAGAUCGAGUGAAGGAGAACAGGUUGCUGCUGGUUGGCCGCCAUGGCUGGCUGCUGUAGCUGGUGAAGCCAUUAAAGGAUGGGUGCCUCGGAAGGCAGAUUCUUUCGAAAAGCUUGACAAGAUUGGUCAGGGUACUUACAGUAAUGUUUAUCGUGCCCGUGAUCUUGACCAAGGCAAGAUUGUAGCUCUAAAGAAAGUAAGGUUUGACAAUCUGGAGCCGGAGAGUGUACGAUUUAUGGCAAGGGAAAUACAUAUUUUGCGCCGGCUCAACCAUCCAAAUGUAAUCAAGUUGGAAGGUCUGGUUACGUCAAGGAUGUCUUGCAGCUUAUACCUUGUAUUUGAGUACAUGGAGCAUGAUUUGGCAGGACUCGCAUCCCACCCUGGGCUCAAGUUUACUGAACCUCAGGUUAAGUGUUACAUGAAACAACUUUUACGGGGACUUGAUCAUUGUCAUGGUUGUGGUGUCCUGCAUCGUGACAUAAAGGGCUCCAAUCUUCUUAUCGACAACAAUGGCAUACUGAAGAUUGCAGAUUUUGGUCUUGCUAGCUUCUAUGAUCCCCAUCAGAGUCAACCAUUAACCAGCCGUGUUGUGACCUUGUGGUACCGGCCACCUGAGCUCUUACUUGGUGCAACUUAUUAUAGCACUGCUGUGGACUUGUGGAGCACUGGUUGCAUACUGGCUGAACUAUAUGCUGGCAAGCCAAUUAUGCCUGGACGAACAGAGGUUGAGCAGUUGCAUAAAAUUUUUAAACUUUGUGGAUCACCAUCAGAAGAGUAUUGGAGAAAAUCAAAGCUGCCCCAUGCUACAAUCUUCAAGCCCCAACAGCCGUACAAGCGAUGUGUUGCCGAAACUUUCAGUGAUUUUCCUCCACCAGCUUUGGGUCUCAUAGAGACAUUACUUUCUAUAGAUCCUGCAGAUCGUGGAUCCGCAGCCUCUGCAUUGAAGAGUGAGUUCUUUACAACAAAGCCUUAUCCUUGCGACCCCUUGAGUUUGCCUAAGUAUCCUCCAAGCAAAGAGUUUGAUGCUAAAGUACGAGAUGAAGAAGCAAGGAGGCAAAUGGCAGCAGGAAGCAAAGGGCAACGAUAUGAUCCUGAAAAGAGAGGAUCAAGAGAAUCUCGUGCUGUGCCAGCACCGGAUGCCAAUGCUGAAUUGAUCUCAUCGAUGCAGAAAAGACAAAGUCAUUCUAACUCGAAGAGCAGGAGUGAGAUGUUCAGCACUCAUCCGGAAGAAGUGGCUUCUGGUUUCCCGAUCGAUCCACCUAGACCAUCCCAAUCAGUUGAGGAAUCAAAUAACGAUCCCCAAGCAAAUGUGGUGAAAAGGGCAUCCCAUUCUGGUCCAUUAGUUAAUCGAGCAGCCUGGGUCAGGGCCGGAAAUGGAAAGAACACAGAAGAUGGCCCGAAGAAUCUGGGUAUGGCUGUUGCCGACCUACCAACUGUGUCUGGCUUAGUAGCUGCUCGGAGGAGCAUGUUGUCCGAAGAGCGUAGGGAGAAAUCGUAUUCUCAUCAGGACGGUCCUAAGCUUAUGGCCAGAUUUCCGGGAUCCUUUAAAGAGUCGUCGAAUUUGAUGAUGAGGCAAGACCAGAAGAGCAGCGGACCUCACGAAGAUGAAAAAGCAAACAACAAUCCUGUUCUUCAGGGUAGAGGUUCAAAGGGCAACAAAAUUCACUACUCAGGGCCUCUGAUGGUUCCAUCGGGAAAAGUGGACCAGAUGUUGAAGGAUCAUGAUCGCCAAAUCCAAGAGGCUGUUCGACGAGCGCGUUUGGACAAGGAGAGAGUGCGGAAACACCAUCAGGUCGAGGGAAACAAGUUAUCGACAAAUUCAUUGUUUGUUUCUGGGCGAUGAUGGCUGCGGAUUCAAGCUAGAAAAACAACUGUGGAUUCGUGAGGGCCGGCACCCCCCCCAAGUAUGUAAUCAUCUUUCCUCCUUACAGAAUUGCUAUGUACAUGAGCUGCUGCUGCUGCAUAAGAAGACUAGCUAGCCAUUUGAGGCUGGAUGGUAAACGGCGACACUAAUUGAAUGCGAUCGAUCGAGUUGCUGCUGCAGUGCUGUGUAUAGGGCAGUCUGUCUGUCUUAUUGCAUCCGAUGGAUCGAUCGAACUAUCCUCUUUCCUCCUCUGUAUGAUGCUGCUGCUAUUACUCUGUUUCAGCUGAUAUUGCGAUUCUGAAAAAUGUGAGGUAUCGCAAUUGUAGUCGACGAGAUGUUUGUUAUAAUUUAAAUUUGAAGACAGUUGGUUGUAGUGUUGUUGAGUUAUCUCAAUCUGUUGAAAUGAAGGAGGAGGAUCCAUCUUUACCCUUA